AUGGCUACCUUGGUGAAGCAACUGCCCCUUCUCUUCCUCCUCCUCCUCGCCUUCUCUGCGUCCCAAUCAAUCCAUGCAAGAGAGAGCCAGUUCUUCAGUAAGACCUCAAGAGAAGAACCCAAGGAAGCCGCUGCACCCUCAAAGGGAGAGGCUCCUGCGGCCACCAAGAAGGAAGACCCCCCUGCGCUCCCUCCCCAAAGCCAUAAUGGCCAUGGCCUUUACGGGCGUGGCCCCUACCGGUUCUCGCCCACCACCACGAGCAGCUACGGCACCUACAACUACAACGGCGGCGCCCGUGGGAAUCGCGAUUCUACCUUCCAAUCCGGCGUCCCGGCCGGCACUGAGCUGGGCGGCGAAGAGAAAUUCGAGAACGGGGAGGAGUAUCAUGCGGUGUACAACUACGGCACGCGAUGGAAGCCUGACAACAACCGCCCCUCGUCGUUCUCGAACGAGUACGAGACGACGCCGACGACGACGACGCCGGCGGAGUGGAAGGGCGAGACCGAUCCCACCAAUCUGUACGGCAUGAGCGACACCCGGUUCUUGGAGAACGGCAAGUACUUCUACGACGUUAAUGCCGAAGGGAAACACUACGCACAGCGUUCCUACCAGUGGAGGGGAAACCCUGAAGGAUAUGAGCCGUACACCGGCGCAAGAACUGGCGGCUAUGGCGAGAGAAGAUAUGGUUCUUGGAGGGGCGGCUACGGACACAGCAAUGCCGGGGAACAGUACCAGGGCAGCCAAGAGGACUCCGUUCCUUGA